UUCAGUUGGUAAAGAUUUAUUUGAUUCUAAAUCCAACAUAUUUGCAAUUCACGUCAAUUAUUUGUGAUAGAUGUGUGGGAUACUCUAGUUCUGUCUCUAUAAAGAGUAUAAAGGAUGCAAUCGACUCUUAUUGUACAAGUUUAUAAUAAAAAAAGAAAUAACUAAAAGUAGUAAUGUUUUAAUAUACAUAAGAGAGGUUUGACCUCAAUCAAUAAAUACGGUAUCUUGGCGGGUUUGCGGUAACAGCUACAUCAAGAUAAUAAUUCAGGAUUAUCACAGCAGUAGUAAGUUGUCGCCGAUGUACACACAGUUGUAACCGUUGUAAUUAUUUAUAGGGAAUACGCCAAAACAGGGUUGUAAAUACGUCAAAGUAAUGCCGAUUUAUUGAUACGUAAAUGGGUGGGUGGUCAAAAAAAAACUUAUAUGUUCUGGUUUAACUCAUAAAAUAUUCAUUUUACUAAUCAUAAAGAUUUCUUAGAAAAUGUAAAUGAAUGAAAUGAAGUUACUGGAAUGGCUAAUUUCGAAGAACUGUCAUCUGAAGACAGACCUAGAAGAAGUACGUUUUCUCGUUCACACUCUUUACCGCAAUUAUCACAACAUGAUUCCGGAUUAGGAAGUUAUUAUGGGGGUUCUGGAGGUGAUGUUAUUCAAGUUAGUAGAGCGGAACGUUUAGUCGCCGAUUUACGACAAAUCCUCACGCUCAAACAACAUUAUUAUCCGGAAGGGGGAUGGGGAUGGGUCGUUCUUAUCGUUGGCGUUCUCGUUCAUAUUUUAAGUCAAGGUUUUCUUGCUUCUUACGGGUUAUUUUCAACGGAAACUAAUAGACAUUUCCACGUUCCUUCAAAUCAACUUACAGGAUGGUUGGGUGCUGUUUCAACCGGUGUCGCUUUAUUAAUAUCACCAGUUACGAUUGCUUUUUGCAGAAGAAAAUCAACGAGAGUUACAGCUGUAAUGGGAGGAUUAAUCACUGCUUUGGGAUGUCUUUUUACAUCUUUCGCUACACAAUUUCAUCAAUUAUUUUUUAG